AUGUCGGUCCUCUUGGAGACGAGCUCCGGUGACAUUGUCAUUGACCUGCUGGUUGACUACGCGCCGAAGCUGUGCGAAAAUUUCCUGAAGCUCUGCAAAGUCAAGUACUACAACUUCUCGCCGAUCCACUCGGUCCAGAAGAACUUCUCCUUCCAAACCGGCGACCCCCUCGGCCCGCUGUCGAAGGAGUCCGAUGGCGGCACCUCGAUAUGGGGCCUGCUGUCGGGCGACAGCAAGAAGAAGAUGUUCCCCGCCUUCUUCCACCCGAAGCUCAAGCACCUCGAGCGCGGCACCGUGAGCAUGGCCACCGCGCCCCUCGACUCGGACCCGGACACGCGCGUCGCUGCGUCGCAGUUCAUCGUCACGCUGGGCGACGAGACGGACUACCUGGACGGCAAGGCUGCCGUCUUUGGCAAGGUCGUCGAGGGCUUCGACGUGCUGGAGAAGAUCAACGAGGCCAUCGUGGACGACAAGGGACACCCGCUCAUCGACAUCCGCAUCAAGCACACCAUCGUUCUCGACGACCCCUACCCCGACCCACCGGAGCUGCGGGAGCCCAGCGGCUCGCCGCCACCGAGCAAGGCACAGCUCGAGACUGUGCGCAUCGCGGACGAGGCUGCCCUGCACGAGGACGACGACAUGGACGAGGAGGCCGUUGAAAAACGGCGGAGGGAGAGGGAGGCACGGGCUCAGGCGCUCACUCUGGAAAUGAUGGGUGAUUUGCCGUUUGCCGAGGUCGCCCCUCCCGAGAACGUCCUGUUCGUUUGCAAGCUGAACCCGGUCACCACGGAUGCCGAUCUGGAGCUCAUCUUUGGUCGGUUUGGCAAGAUCCUCAGCUGCGAGGUCAUCCGCGAUGCCAAGACGGGCGACAGUCUCCAGUACGCCUUCAUCGAGUAUGCCGACAAGGCCUCCUGCGAAGCUGCGUACUUCAAGAUGCAGGACGUGCUGAUCGAUGACCGCCGCAUCCACGUGGACUUCUCACAGAGUGUGAGCAAGCUGAGCCAGGUCUGGAGAGACGACACGAACAGCAAGCGCAAGAAGAACGCCUCCAGGGGCGGAUGGGGAGGCGUCGACGAGCUCGAGAAGCGCAGGCAAUACCGCGACGUGUACGAGAGGGACGGUGACAACUACGAUCUCGUGUAUGGAGAUGAGGAGAUGAAGGGCCGCGCCGAGCGUGACAGCAACCGCCGGCCUGAGCCCAAGGGACAACAGGAGCAGGGCAGAGAUCACGCCAGAUAG